AUGUUCCGCUUGUCGAAAUCCCGAAAAGAAAGACCAGAGAAAGACUCUGUUGAUUUAUGCGAACCAUCCCGUCCACGAAUAAUCAAUGGCUUCAAGAGACGGGCUUCGAGCACUCUACGCUCCGUAGCAAUUCCACAGGUAGUUGUGCGGACACCUAGGCACUCAGUCAUCAAAGCCACUGGACCACACUUUUCGGACGAAACCUCAUAUAGUGACCGUCGCUCUAUUUUCUCUAGCCAUACAUCACGGCAAUUUCAACACUCUAGAGUUGACUCGGACGUUGGAUAUCAAAUGCCAGGGUAUUUCCACAAGAGCCUGCCUAGAGAAGUCUAUGACUGUAUCGUUGCGCAAUUAGGUCCAAUCCACAUGGACCAAGAGGGAGCAUGCGCAACAUGCUAUCUAAAAGAUCUCCAUAGCCUCUCCCUUACUAGUCGGGCGUGGGGGAAAGCUGCAAGUGCAGCAAUGUACCGGAAGGCACUGGUGCUGGCUAAUGAAGAGCAUGGAGCGCAUCCGAGGCUGAAGAUAAAGGGGACCAGUCGACUAAAGCUACUUCGAAGGACUCUUCGCGAGAGCUCCACCCUUGCUGAGCAGGUAAAGGAGUUGCAUCUUCCGGCCUUCCAGAACUUGUACCAGAACGCUACCAUCGAGAAAGAGGAGAUUCUGAAUUUGGUGGCGUCGCUGGUCAUGGCAUGCCCACGUCUGGAACGCCUUGUUGGCUUCCACGUUCCCUUCACAAAUGCUUUCGACCGGCUAUCGUAUGCGCUAUCGACCCGAUCGAACCUCAAGGAGCGGACGUGGAUACUGGGUAAUGCUGAGAACGAACUUAACGAGGAAGACGAAGACGAGAUGAGGGGUCACUACAUUGUCGAAUGCGACCCCACCGAACAUUUUCUUGACUUGAAUUCCAAUCACCCCGAGCUCUCUACUCUGGUCUUGCAUCAGGGACCAAACAACUCGUCAUCGCCCCUCAACUUCCGAGCCAUUGUCGGCACACUUCGAAGCUUUCCACAGCUACGUCAUCUAUCGAUACGCGGGCUACCCGCAACUUCAUUCACAAACAUGGUAUUGAACGCUUUACCAACAAACCUCCGAAGUCUUCGUCUCGAGGAGCUUCCUGGCAUUACAGAGAGGGGUAUUCAGCGCUUCGUAACAUCGCCACAAGCGACCUCGAUCCAGAAAUUGACACUGGUUGGCAUGGAAAUCAGCGUUCAUACACUAGCUGAUAUCCUGUCGCCUUUUCUAGCUGGCCUAGAAGAAUUCUCUUUGGUCCAAAACAAGGCGCCUGUACUACGAGAACAUGAUUCAACACCCGUUUUUCAUUCACCAUCGCUUCGCUACCUUCACUGGGAGUUUCGAUCUGAGGCUAGUUCUCUUUCUGCCUUCACUUUCGAAUCACACGACUCACCAACAUCUCCAUCAAUAAAUCCCGAGCCAAACUGCUGCACUGCCACCUCUAUACUUGCAGCUAGUAUCAUGAACAAUGGGUUCCCAUCCCUCUGCCACGUCCGCAUUCCUCACGAUCCCCAAGGCACCAUCCAGUCACUAUGUAAGCCGCUCGCCACAGCACUUCUGCUGGCUGAUAUUUCCCAACUUGCUCUCGCACCUCGUGCCACUAGUUCAACCAGUCUUCCAUUGGAUGAAUCCGUUUCUACCUCGGUUCGGGAAGACGGAAUGUUCAGCUGUGCUGUGGGGUCAGAGACACGCGUCGACUCUGUGGUGAGCUUACCAAGAUAUGGGCUUCCCGCCACAAAUGCCGCAAUCGGUACCAUUCUUACGCCCAUGCGAUCACGCAUCGCAGCGCAAUCGCGCAUCUUGGCUGCAAGGAAGGAAGCUGGCAUGAUGGUCCGCGUGAUUGAUCCAGAGGAUGAGAUCAUCGUGGAGACGGUGUUUGGAUCAUACAUCGGCGACUUGAGGAGCAAACUCAACUAUGAACUGCAGCCCGAUCGAUGCGCCUCUGGGCGCACGGCAUGGGUGACGGAGAUGGAAGACUUGAUAGGCGGCAGGGGCGACCAAGACGGAAAUGGGAUUGAGCGCACUUGGGACCUAUGUGGACACACCAACGGUACGAGUGUGGAUGGAAAAGUUGUAAUGGUUGAUGAUCUUCUUUAG